GAGAAAAUUUUAUAUUUAAUUUGCUGAAAUGUGUCAGACGUAGAAAAUUGCAGUGGCCAUAGUUUAAAUAUUGUUCGUUUCAUAUUUUUUUCCAUGCUUCUUUAUUAUGUUUUUAAGUGGUGAAACUACUUAUAAAUCUGGCGGUUUGCGUUUGUAAUAACCGUCUUGGAAAUGGCUGCUAUAAGAAAAGCAUUGGGAGCUGGGUAUUGGUGUUAUAUAUUUUUUUAGCGAUUAAAGUAUCGGUGGUAGACAUCUCAAACACCUUCAAAUUUAGAGAUAGUAAUUUUUUGAAAAUUUACAAUAACAUACGAAGUUUCUAUCAAUUACGACGUAAGAAAUCCAAAUGAGUGCCUUUGAAUAUGUCUUAUGAGAACUCCCAUUUACCAAGCUAGGUACGUGGUUCUGCGCUGGUAGCCUUUAACGUUACGGUAACCUACUGAUCUGCCAGUGGCAUAAGGGAUUAGAAUUUUGCGUGAAUGGUCUUAGCUAUUGUGUGGAAGUAGUUAAAUUCGGUAUUAAUCGUUUAGUUUUUUAAAUUGACAUGUAGUUUAAGUCAUAACGAUGCGUUUUCAAGCAUCUUUUUUUUUCAGCGUUAAAUUCUUAUAUGGCUAGUCAGGCAUUAUACCUGUGGAGUGUGUUGGCGGUAUGCCUCGGCUAGCAUAACAAUGGUAACAAAUAUUAUAUGGGGCUAAAUUUUUUGAUCAAAAUGGCGAUUUAGUAAGUUCGUUGAAAAUGGCGGGAAGGGGAAAUGAAGGUCACAAAGAAAAAUAGUUCAGAAUUAGCCAUUAAUGAGUUACUAAGUAUAUCAGUGGAUCGGUUUUGUAUUAAAGGUCGGUUUUUCGUAAAGAACGUUAUUUUUGGAAUAGUAAAAAAGAAUUAUUCCCAAAAAGAAAAUUAGAAUGUCCGAGUUUGUGUAAAAUAAAUACUAAAAUAGUUAUUUCUAUAUAAUUUAAAUAUGGUUUGUUUUACUCACCGUCUCUUUUCCUGCCUAGGGGUUGUAAGAGUUACGAGCAAAUGAACCUAGGUUAAAAAGAUUCGUAACACUAAUGUAGUCAAGUAUAAAGUUUUGGAGUUUUUUUUUUUUAACUUGGCUCAAAAUCAGAUGCCUUGAAAAAUACAAUUGUGAAUGAAGAUUUGUCUGAAGAUGAAACUGCUUGUGCAAUACCUAAUAUUGUGACAUAAAUGAUAGCUUAAUAAAUUAUGUUGUGGGACAAUCCAUGUCAAAUCAACCAAUAGUAUUUCCUUUAUUUUUGGCACAGUGUUAUUAUUAGCUAAGUAGAUGAAAAUUGCGAAAUUGUAAUUUUUUAGUAAGAUAAGUGCACCGGUAGUCGUCAUGCUAAGAAAAAUUUUACAAAUAAAAUUUGCUUACCUAACCUUGUUGGUGUAAUACAGCUAGUUAUGUGUUUGACUUUAACCUCAAACUUUCUUAAACAAUAAUAUUAAACACUUUUAGAUAAAAACCAAUUAUUAUAGAAGAUCUCUAAUUUAAAAAAAAAAGUGUUAUUUUGUGCCAGUAGUCGGCAUGCCAAUUUUCGUCUUUUCCAGUGCUCGUCAUAUCUUUGUGCCAGUAGUCGUCAUUCGUGGUAUCAGCACUUAUGGAUAGCAAUAAUGGAUUCGUUAUUAUAAUUACAAACCAUUUUAGUUCUAAAUUUUAUUUCAAAUGAUUACUCAAACUUUUUGAAGUUAUUUUUACGAUUUUUUUAUAUUAUACUAAUAUAAAAUAUGUAAACAAUUAAUUAAAAUUAUAAAACAAUCAACUUACCUAUAUAUUGAUACCGUCACAAUAAAUAAAGCUGCAACAAAGAUACAUUGUGCCAACUCUUGCAUAGGACAUUGUCAAAUAUAAACAUGCCAAUAUUAAUAAAACUAAUACAUAACACAUGUGAAACACUAGAAAAAUGUGAGAAAACAUUACACACCAAAAAAAUUUACGAUAAAUAAACAUUCAUGAUAACUGAUAAUUCGCGGGUGCGCGGGGAUAAGUCAAAUGUUGGGGGAAAAAAUUGUUUUUUUAUGGUAUGGAAUAAAGGAGAACAAGCUCUACAAAAUGGUCCAAAUGGGUUAAGUCUAGCACCCUUGUGUGUUAUUCUAUGGUACUGAACUUUUGGAGUUACAUCACAAACUGACAGUUUUCGUGCGUGAAAAAGGGGAUAAGUAAUUUACAAUGACAUUUUGACAUAUCCCCUUCUGGUAAAUAUGUAGUGUACGGAUUAGCGCCAAAAAAAAAUCAUACAAAUAUAAAAUAACUUUCAUUAUAUGCUCUUUUACGUCCUCUUUUCAUAACCGCCUGCGGAGAUAAAAAAUUCCAAUUACUUUUGGAGAUAUCGCCGUUCUUAUUUUGCAAUACAAGCCCUGUGUAAUCAUUCAACAGACGCCAUUUUAUAUUUUGCCGUGUGUGCGUGAAUGCCUAAAUAACAGAAAUUUUCCAUUAGGUAAGGUUAGUUACAUUAUAAAUACUUCAAAAUAGACGGAAAUUAAAAUUAAUAUCAAUUAAUUUUACUUGUAUAGUUUUAAGUAUUUAUAUUGUAACUGACCUGACCUAACAAAACGGGACAAAGGUAGAUUAGGUCAGGUCAGCUACAGUAUAAAUACUUUGAAACUGAACGGACAUUAAAAAUAAUAAAAAUUAAUUUUAAUGGUUGUUUAGUUUUAAAGUAUUUAUAAUGUAGCUGACCUGACCUAACAAUCCAGGAAAAAGGAUGAACACUAGGAACUCACGUAAUUUUCUUUUUACGUGAUGUAGUCGUUCAACUACGUCGCGAAAAAAAAAAUCAUACUUGUAAACAAGCAACAAUGGUGAACGCGGGAAGCCUACGAUUCACUCAUCCUUCUGGACAUACCCGAAUAUUCACGUUGGCAAGCCUUCUUUCAACAGACGAGAGGCAAACGCCCGAUCGUGCAUCUUCGGGGUUUUUUUUUUUUAUUAUUGUAAAUAAAUAUGCAACUCAUGAAAACUAAUGGUCAAUUAGGUUAUGUUAGCUACAUUAUAAAUACUUUAAAACAUUGUGGAUGGUUGAUUUGGUUAGGAUAGCUACAUUAAAAAUAAUGCGAAAUCAUGUAAACGGUAUUUGGGUAUGCAGACUUGCCAACCUUUGCGAAUUUUUCGUAAAAUGUACGAAAAUCACGUCCGUUUUACGAUUGUACGAGGAUGUCUGCAUUUUUUACGAAUUUUAAGUACGAGAAGUUUUUUAAAACAUGUAUUUACCGUCCGCCUUAAAUGUUUUAUUGUAUGGUUUGUGAAAGCUGUUGCCAUGUGUUGUUGCUGUGGAAACGAGUGCGGUAAUUGAGUUAUAUUAUUGGUCGAAGGCGAGCGAACCACGUAAUUUGUUGUUCUAUUGUAUAUAUUUCCUUAUUGGCCGUCUGAGUUACAUUGAUGCGCUUACAACCAAUCACGAACCAGUUUAAAGAGCAUUUUUAGUUUGGCAAGAUGGUGUCGUGCAUUAGCGUAUGCUAUUCUUCAGUUAAAGUUGAGCCGAUUUUGAAUUUGUUUAUUACAGGUUAGGAAACAAAUUUAUUGCAUGUUUUUACUAAAAACGUGUUAUGUGCACAAUUAACGGAAGUGGAAUCAAAUGAAGAAAAUGCCCCCGAAACGUGAUACACAUUAUUCUCAAGCAUUUCGCGAUACAUACACGCGGGAUUUUCCGUGUAUUCUUAAAUCAAGCAAGGGAACACAGUUCGCAUUUUGUUCAGUGUGUAGAUGCGACAUAAACAUUGGGCACGGCGGAAGAUAUGACAUCAAUCUCCACGUGAACUGUUCAAAACAUCUCGCAAAUGUUAAAAGUGUCGCAGUCAGUUCAAAGGUUAGUGAUUAUUUCGCUAAAAAUAACAGCACAGACAAUGCUGUAAUACGCGCAGAAUGUAUGUUUACAAACUUUUUGGUUGAACAUAAUAUUCCUUUGAAUGUUUCGGAUCACGCCGGCCCGUUAUUCAGAAAAAUGUUUCCAAAUUCUGAAGAAGCAAAAAAAUUUGGUUGCGCAAGAACAAAGUCGACGGCUAUUGUGAAAGAAAUGGCAACAGAUGCAACUGAUAAAAUUGUUAGUAAUUUACAAACUGUGGCAUUUUCAGUCGCGACCGACGGCAGCAAUGACUCUGAAUCCAAAUUAUAUCCACUAGUAGUAACAUUUUUUGAUGCAAAUUUGAAAAUGAUAGUGUCAAGGUUGCUUUCAUUACCAGUACUCCAGGGAGAUUCUACUGGAAGAAAUAUUGGGGGGUUAGUUAUUUCAGAAUUGCGACGUUUGAAUAUUCCGUUGGAAAAUCUAAUUGCGUUUUCUGCUGAUAAUGCCCCUGCAAUGUUGGGACACAAAAACGGUGUUGCAGCAGUUUUAAAAGAGUGUCUGGCAGAACUUGUUGUUGUAGGUUGUCCAUGCCACCUUAUCAAUCUCGCCGCAGAGAAAGCAGCAGCUACUCUCCCGUGUCAAAUUGAAGAUGUUCUGGUUGAUAUCUAUUAUUUUCUGGAAAAAAGUGUGAAAAGAAAAGAAAAAUUGCAGAAGUUCCAAGUAUUGCACGGCAAAGAAGCAAGAAAGAUAUUGAAACACAUAUGUACAAGAUGGUUGUCACUUGGCAAAAGCUUAGUUCGCUUACUUGAGCAAUGGGAGCCACUGUUGAGUUUUUUUAAUGAUGAAGUAUCUGUCCAGAAACAGCAGUCAUCACUGAUGACUUACAAAAUUCCAGGUUGUGAUUCAGGAAAGAGUACUAUAUCGACACAAAUUGUUCCAGUGAAAUCUAAGUGUGCAACUUCUAGUGAUUCAUCUGAGAGUGGAAAAUCUGUAUCAGGUACUCAACUGUUUUUAAAAAAACGUGAAGUGAAGCAAGCAAGCUUUGGUAGCUCACAAGCUGCUGCAAAGAAGCAGAAACUGGAUGGGACUGUACAAAAAAAGUGCACUAACUUCAAUAAUAGUGUUUCAUCAGCAAAAUCAACAUUAAAAAACAAAUGCAGCACUCUUUCACGCGAGGAAAAAUUGUUCAUGUUUUUGUCUACACCAUCAAAUAAAGCAUUCUGUUUGUUUUUAGUUAAUGUUACACCUACAUUCGACAAAGUUAAUGUAUUGUUGCAGUCAGCAUCACCACAAAUACAUAACUUUUUUUUUUUUUUUCGAAAAUACCGCCCAACUACAUAUUUACCUUAUAUUUUUUUUUAAGAAUUCAUAAACAAUAAUGUUUUAACCUAACCUGAAAAUAUUAUGUACUUUUUUUUUAGCUUAGAGAUGUCGAAGAAAACUACUUUUAAGGAGAAUUGGCUCAAGGAGCCACAGUUUCAGUUCAUCAAACCCUCUGCUAAAAACAUAAAUUCUGCGUACUGCACUUUGUGCUACUAAAGUAUUCAACUCAGCAAUACGGGUCGAAGAGCUCUCACCAGCCAUGUCGAAGGAAAAAACACAUUUGCAAUUCUGCCGUCAAAAUAACACAAAAUAAAAACCUUAUUGUACCUCAUCUUGAAAUUUUUAUAUUACAUUUAAUCAUUUAUGCAGGUUAAUAUUUAUGGUAUGUACUUCAAAAGAAAGUCGGGGAAUUUUCCUCUUAAAUUUCUGGAAAACAGGGAAAAGUCAGGGAAUUAUAAGAUUAUAUUUCUGUAGCAACCAUGAGGAAGUUAAAGCACAGAAUAAAGGUAUUUUUGGAAUUUUAAAUUUUUUUUUUUUAACAAAUAUUGCCCAAAUAUGAAAAUUAAUAAAUUUGAUAUCUCCUAAAGUAUUUGGAAUUCACAAUGAGUAGUAAAUAACAUUUAAACAAUUAUCUAUUCUGCUUAAAAAAAUACAAUUAUGCAUGGAAAUUAAUUCAACAUAGUUACUCUUCUACAAUAAGUAACUAGAAGUUUUCUGAACUUUAAUUUUCAUUAACAUCAACAUGUCUAUUAAAAUUGUAGUUGACCCUGGCACCUUGCUGGCUCAUAAAUGGAGGUGGUAGAAUGCCAUUUAUUUGUGACCUAUUUACAUAAGAAACAUCGUUUUCUUUCGCCACAAACACCUUUUUACCAUCAUCCUGAGCUCGCAUGCCCAUUACUUUAACUUCUUCCCCUUCAGUGUCUUGGACAAUGCAGACAAAUCUGUAUUUCACAGCACCCCUUUUUCCACCCAUAAAUGUCACAAGUACAAACGAUCCAGGUCGCAAAUUUUCAUCAGUCGCCUCUUCCAACUCCACACUAUCUUCUUCAUACUGCUCAACCCAUUCAUCUGAAGAUUCCACAGUAACAAAUUCUUCCUCCGAUGAUGUUGAUGAAACUGAAGUAUUUUAAUCCACCUUCCUCUUUUUGAAAUUCUGUUUUUCUUUCUCCAGCCUCUUCCUCAAUCUUUCUGCUGCUCGUUCUUCUUUUUGCUUCUGCAAGUCCAUUUUGGUCUUCUCUUUCUUGGAAAAGUAAUCCUGCCAGGCACUAGAACUAGCAACAGAGGGAAUUUUCUCUUUCAGUGCACGUUUCUUUAACUUGGGCUUCUGAGAAGGCCAAAACAAUGCUCGCUUGAAAGGAGAGGGAAUAGACUUUUCUGUGGGCACAGCAGAAAGACCUUUCUAUGUUGAUGGAAUGCGAUCAGGAUCAAAUGAAACAUUGCCUUCAAUGACUGUGUCCACUUCAUCAACAACAGUUGGAGGAGUAGAUGAUCUUUCAGGGAUUAUUUCUUGAAUUUUUAGGGUGUGUGGAUCCUCAUAUUGGGCAGUAGAGCUGAUGUCGACCUUAUCACAAUAUUUCACAUGUCUCCAAUAUUCAAACAUUGUCAUGUCCUUUACAUCUCCCUGCCAUACAUUUCCAUAUUCCUUGAAAAGCUGCAAUUUCUCUUUCCCAAGUAAUUUUUCCAAAUGCUCAACAAUCUCAGAACUACAAACACUCUCUGGAGUCUUGGGUGUAGAUAAGAGAACUGUUGGUGUGCAUGGGAUGCUGGAGGGUGUAGAAAUGAACUUGUCCUCAUCCACUUCUGAAGGAUUCCAUGGGAAAAUUCCACUCUUCUUAAAUGAGUGCUGUAAAAAUUUCUGGAGUUACAGCUUUCUCAAUCGCAGUUUCCAGCAGUUUGGCAAAGUCUUUCUUUUUUAGUGUGGGGUCUUCCUUGUUCGCCACACGCUGCAGUCGCCACUCAUGAACUGCAGUUUUCCAUCCACUUUUAAGUGGCUUGAAAACUCCUACAUCCAUUGGUUGCAGUAUGUGGGUGGAAUUAGGUAAUAAUGCCACUAAAACUAUGCCAUGUUCUUUGCAAAAUGUGCUGCUGUUCAGUGUGAGGUGUGAUGAAUGGCCAUCGAUGAACAGUAUUGCUGGUAAAGUUAUCUCCUUCACCAACCAUGGGUAAAAUAUGUUCGUCAAAAAUUCGUAAAAAAACUUCACCGGUCAUCCAACCAUUUGGUGACUUGCCCACUCCCCACUCAGAAGGUAUUCCUGCCACAAUAUCUUGUGGCAGUCUUUCGUAUUUCAAGCACAGCAGUGGUGGGCAAAGUUCACCAGCUGCAUUCCCAGUCAAUAAUACUGUGACACAUUUCUUUUCAUCGGAAUUGACUUGUUGAAAAAUGUUUCUGUCUCCUUUUUUGGCCAGUACUUUGUUCCCCUUAGGGUUGAGGAAAAAUGCUGACUCGUCUCCAUUAAAAACUCUUCUUGGAUCAGAGAGAACAUCUUUCAGUUGGUUUUCCUCCAAGUAUUUAAACACUUCCUCAAACCAUGCUGAAAUCUGUUUCUGCGAGACAGCAGCCCGACUAGAAGUCAAGUUCUAGGCAGUUCUCAGUGUUAAGGCUGGGUUCUUUUUAAGAAAAGAUGCGCACCAUUUCCUACCUGGUCGCCCAUCUUUAAAAGGAAAAGGCCUCUUCAACUCUUUUGUGAGCUGCUGCACACUAUUCUGCAAAUCCUCCAUGGUAAUUGGGAAUCCUGCUUUGCAGAGAGAAAGGGCCCAAUCAACUAGCAUGCUCUCUUCCUCCUUUUUCAGCCAAGACUCGGGUCCCAUUUUACGUCCAAUAGGUGUCUUCCUUUUACUUUGUCGGAAAGAGUGUUCCUUGGAACACCGUGUCUUUCCGAAGCUUGUUUUAUGGACAUCCCGUCCUUCAUAGCCUGCAAAGCCUCUUCCAUCUGGCGGGGCUCAUAUUUCAAUAUGCCUCCUCGUAGCAUGGCACUGCAACACUGAUUUUUUUAGUGUUAAUUUGCAGAUUUCAUAUGAACAAAAAAAAUGCUUAGACUUAAAUAUCAUAUUUAAAUUAUAUUAUAUAACAUCGGGGAGGCAAAAUUAUCUGACGAGGGUAAGUUUUGAAGCAGUCAUAAUUAUGAUAAUUGAAUGCUUUAUAACAAUAAUAUGUCUCAAAUUUAAUGUUCUAGUAUUCGUCAUUGUUCUGUACCAGUAGUCGUCACCUGUGACGACUACUGGUCCUGAUGACUGGUUGGAAGUUUUACAAGCACAGUAAACUUAACAUAAUGUAAUACACAUUUUAGCAGUUGCUGAUUUUCAAUUUUAAAAAUAGCUGACAUGUACCAGUGUUCGUCAGGUAUGAUGAUAACUGGUGAUUUAUGAGUAUUAAGUGAUCCAGUGCUCGUCACCCCCCCUUUCUUUGUAUCAUUGAAUAUAAUCUUAAGACUUUAUGUACUAGAAAUCAUGCUAAACACUUCGCAGAAGCAAACAAACACAAACAUUGCAAUGAAAAGAACAGGCACACAAUUUAUUAAAAAAAAUGAAUUACUUACCUUCUUAACAAAAACCAGCAGCAGUAUAUCUCACUUCUUACAGUAUACUACACGACUUCUUAGAUACGGGAAUCCCCGAUCGGCAAUCGUGUGCGUUCAGAAAUCUUCAUGUAGAAAAAAAUAAACGACUCUUGCUCUGAACUUUAAUAUGUUCGACACGCGAGAUUUUACAUUCUUGCACUUGUUAUGAAUUUUUAUUUUAUAAGUGAUGACUACUGGUGCGAUGACGACUUCUGGUACACUUACCUUAAUGUUGGUUUUUGAGUAAUGAAUUUAUGAAAUUCCAAAACACUUGUAAAUUCGGCAGCACAAGGAAAUCUUUAAACUGUUCUAGUUAGAGAACCGUUAAACUUAUAUUUUGUUUAGUUUUGUAUGACAUUUCAUAAAAUAUAUAACACAACAUGGUUACAUUAAACCAUUUUUUAUAUCAAAAGUUUCAAAAAAAAAUUAUAAAACUCAAAAACGGAAUUUUCAAUUUUUUUGGAAAAAACAUAUUUUUUUCCAUACUUUUAUUGACUACCUAUAUAUCAAAUUUCAAUAUGGUAUUCCAAUGGUAUCUUACUAAAAAAAAAAUUUGUCUGUGUCAAUGUAGGUAAACAAAGAAAAUCACUUGGCAUAGUUUGAAAACAGUUGAGAUACCAUUAUGUUAAAUUAUACAUCUACUGCUGUCUUCAAAAUUAAUUAUCAAUACAUUAUGAUAAAAGAUCAGGCUGAUAGGCUACCAAUAUUAAAGUACAUAAAGGGCAGGAGUAUGUAUUCACACUUCCAAACAGGAACAAAACAGGACGACAAAUUUUUUGUGCGAAAGCAUGGUUGCGACGUUUACUGACUUACGCCAGCUUCAUUUAGGUAUACUAGAAUAUACAGGCAUACUUAGGGCCUAAACUUGCAGCUCGAAGCUGUGCUAAGCCAGCGAAACUGAAAAUAUGUUUUUGUCACCCUGUUUGUGUUUCUAUUGGGAAGUACCAGCCUGUGACUACGCGGCGCACUCUUCGCGGUCUACCGCAAAAACGGUUAAUCAUAUGAAAAAAAGUUUAAAUAAAAGUUGUAGAGAAUUUUAUACUCUACAACUUUUAUAAUAGGUGCAAAUCUCAAUUACGCAGUUGAAGGCGAGAUAUUCGCGAAAAACCCAUUUUUAUGACCUUUGACCUUCAAUAUCUUAAGACGCAGACACAAUAACAUUUGUGACUUUUGAGACAACAUUUAGAACGACAAAACAAAGGUUGGUAAAUAUGUAGUUGGGCGGUAUUUGCGAAACAAAAUGUUAAAAAUCCGAAAAUACCUUUAUUUUAUGCUCUUCAACUUCCUAUUUUCAUUAAAAGUGGCGGAGGUAAGAAAUUCCAAAUACUUUAGGAGAUAUUGAAUUUUUUAAUUUCAUCAUAUGUAGUUGAGCGGUAUUUGCGGGAAAAAAAUGUUAAAAACCCGAAAAUACCUUUAUUAUAUGCUCUUCAACUUCCUCUUUUCAUUAAAAGCGGCGGAGAUAAGAAAUUCCAAAUACUUGAGGAGAUAUCGAAUUUUUUAAUUUUGCAAUACAAGACCUGUGGAACUAUUUGAGCGACGCCAUUUUUGUUAUUUUGCCGUGUGUUCGUGAAUACGUGAAUCGUCAAUGCGUAAUUAAUAAAAUGGUUGAUUAGGUCAGGUCAGUUACAUUAUUAAUACUUUCAAACUAAGCCGAAAUUAAAAAUAAUGUGAAUUAAUUUUAAUUAUUCUUUAGUUUAAAAUUAUUUAUAAUGUAACUGACCUUCCCUAACAAACCCGUAAUAAAGGAUGCACAGUUACAACUCACGUAAAUUUUUUUUGUUACUUAUUACUUGCGCAACAAUAUCAAAAUAACAAAUAAGACUUUAAAAUUAGAAACGUUAAAAACUCACCUAAGUUGGAGGCGGUAAUUAAACACCGUUUUAAACAAUAAAUGAACUAAAUAAUUACGUAUUGGUUCGUUUGAAUUCUGGCCUAUCACGAACAAUCACGUGACAUCAUUAUCCAAUUAAAAAAGUAGAUACUCGUACGUAAACAAGAAACAAUGUUAAUCGCCACAUCAAUGCACUGGUAUUGUGAUGAAAUUAAAAAAUUCGAUAUCUCCUAAAGUAUUUGGAAUUUCUUACCUCCGCCGCUUUUAAUGAAAAGAGGAAGUUGAAGAGCAUAUAAUAAAGGUAUUAUCGGAUUUUUAACAAUUUUUUUCGCAAAUACCACUUAACUACAUAUGAUGAAAUUUUAAAAUUCGAUAUCUCCUAAAGUAUUUAGUAUUUCUUACCUCCGCCGCUUUUAAUGAAAAGAGAAAGUUGAAGAGCAUACAAUAAAGGUAUUUUCAGAUUUUUAACCCUUUUUUUUUUUUUUUUUUUUUUUUCCAAAUACCGCCCAACUACAUAUUUACCCAAAGGUUUAUAUCAAUUUACAGCUUAUUAUCUUUCAUUCCGAAGUUGACCCCUUUUUUUACCUAAUAUGACUGGGCUAUUCUUGAAUUAUUAGUAUAAGAGAUUUAUCUUUUUGGACAGAAUUUGUGAAGCUGUAGUCAUCUGUUGAGGUACACUGUAAGUUCUACCUGUGGCUGUUAUUGGAUUAAUUUUACAAAGAAUAUAGUUUUUCGGUACCGUUAAAAUGUCUGCUUUCCUUGGGUACAUAAAGAAAAACGAAGGACCACUUGAUGAAGAAAAGAAACAGUAACUUCUUCUUCAACUUCAUUUUUUGAAAGAACACAUGCCAUCCACCAUUGUUUAUCAUAGGUGCAUGCAACAAAACCUAUCUCUUCAAAUGGUAUAUCUUCAACAACAGGACUAAUUUGAACUUUGAGCAUUUCAGAUUUGUCAGAAUAUGAAUAGAUUUUUGCCUCAAGUGUAUCUGUUGCAAGAAGAAAAUAUGCAUGGAAUUUUUAGUUCUUACUACAGCUGUUAAUUCUUUAAAUCUAAUUUUCAGCAAUUUUUCUUCAACAUACUCUUCAUUUGUCACAUAGAAAAAAGACACUGAGGGUAUGUUUCUUAUUCCCCACUGAAAAAGAUGAAAUGGUGUCAAUAUGUGGUUGUCUGUUGGAUUUUGAAGACUGGCCUUGGCUUCAAGUCUCUUAACUGUACCCGCUACUCCAUCACACACUCCUUUGCCAUGAGAGGUUGUGUAAUAAUGCCAUUCAGCCUUGAGUCCAUCAAAAUCUUCACCAUGGUGACACAGAUUUGAAAAGUUCUUUCUGUUUUUAUAUUGUGCAGCUGAACCAUCAGAGAAAUAGUACAACUUUGUUAAAUUGGGCAGAAAACUUUUCAAGAAGCCAAUAAGUGUUUUUUGAAAGACAUGAACAUGGACUGUGUUAUGGGCUAAACAAUCUGAAAUACCUAAAUACAAAACUUUUGUGAAGAAGAACUUGUUUUUCUGUUUCAAUGUCUGUAUUAUUGUAGUACACCACAAAUGGAUGGACAGUAGCCAUGGAGUUGUUGCAAUGGAACCCUUGAGCUUCAUCUUGCAGAACAAGAAUAGUUUUCUGCGAAGUCGCAUGUUAUCACAGCUUCAUUUUCUCUCAAUGAAGAUUUCUUCUCAGCAAAAAAUUGUGAUUGCUGUUUUGCAAUGAAGUCAUGUUUCUUCAGGUGUACUAACUGGAUACAAAAUUUGUCAACAAAUUCAUCGGAUGGUUUACGUAAUGUUUCAAAAGAACAACGAUCAACUGUUACCCAUUUUUUAUAACUAAUGUUCUCAAUCAUAUCUUCCUCGAGACAACCUAAUGCUUCUUUAAAAUCAUUAAUUGUUGGACAGUAAUCACAUUCAUCAAGGAAGCACGGUUGACUUGGUGGGUUGCACAUUAUUUGUGACAGACAUUCUUGAUAUGUCUUCAGUGAAUUUUCCAACCCAGUUAGUGUAAUUUUAUGCAAGUUUCCACCCACAAUCAUUAAUUUUACAUUUUGGUGCGCAGUGCAAACACAUACACAAUGUGUGCCACUGGCACCAGCCAUUACAGCUAUUACACAGUUCUUGGGUCUCAGUUCUGCAAAUUUGUAGAAACCAAUUUUUAACUCUGGGUGUUUGGACUUAAAUAGGCGAUGUACUUCUUUAAAGUUUGAUAAUAUUAACCUUUUUUGAACGUGAAUAGAUUUUCCAUUAGCAUCUUUUCCCAUUGAGACAUAAUCUUUCAAACCAGGCAUUUGCCUACUAACAUCAUCACUGUAAUAGAAUUCCUUUACUAGUGUUACUGUUUCUUGUGACAAGACUUUCCCAGGUUUUGGAUCUGGUGUAGACAAAACCCCUUUCACUUCUAAUAGUUGUUUUGCUUUUCACGCAAUGUAAUUGCUUACACCAAACUCGCUUUCAAUUUUGGCACAAGACCAACUUUUGGGUAAAAUUGUUAAAAUUUGUAAUCUUUCACUUUUACUUGCAGUUGUAAAUUUUUCUUUCACCUGAUCUAUAAGUUCUGUUUGAGACCCUUCGCAAUUACAUUCCUUCACUUUUCCCACAUUUUUAAAAAAUGUUUCAUUAAUCUUGCAUUUUAUUUUUUCACUUUUCUUUGCAGUAUCUUUUGUGACUUUUACAUUUACUUUUUAAAACAGGUGACUCUCCGAUAGAGGUUAAAGAUGCAUUUAAAUAAUGCAGACCUGUUUCAACUCCAUUUAUGAUUCAGUUUCACCUUGACUACAACUUUGUUUUUCAGUGUCAUCUUCUUUAAUGCCUAAUUCAUUGUUUUCAGUUUCGUUAGAGACACUAUGUUUUUCCUUACCUAACUGUAAGCGGCAGGAAGUACAUAUUUUCAUACCAUCUUCAAUACCAUAACCUAAGGAAGUCAUCCAUAAAGUAACAUUUCUCAAGUCUUUGGAAAUCCAAUGUCCAUUCUUUUUUAAAGGAUUACGACAGUAUUUGAACCAUUUUUUAUCCAUGGUAUACUCCAAUGAUCAUUCAUUACUAUGAUGAAUGAGCACAAUUAACUACACUCAAGUAUUUAAUAAACAUAACCUCUCAAUAUUGUUAACUCAACAAAAAAUCUCAAUAUUGUUCAUCCAAAAAACAAUCACAAUUUAAAAAAUCACAACAAAUCUUAGUCAAAAGCUACAAAGCUUCAUAACAGAUGAGUUAAUGUAAGCACUUGAUAAACCUCCAUAAACACUUUUGUCUCUCCCAAAACACAAUAUGGCAGAACAGGCAGUGAUGCUAGGCUUCAAGGAAGUAUUUCCUUGUGACUAUCAAAAAAUCCCUGACAGCAUGAAAAAAAUUCCCACUUCAAGUUUAAGUUGGAUAUAACAAUUAUUAAAAGUGACCAUUUAAUACAAAACAAAUUAUAAAAAGUCCACGUAAAGUAUUUAUCAUCCUAACCAGCAUUCUUUUUUUUCUUCAGUAAUUAUGUGCCCUGACACAGACAAAUAAAUAAUUUUUGGUAAGACACCAUUGGAAUAACAUAUUGAAAUUAGGUAUAUAGGUAGUCAAUAAAAGUAUGUAAAAAAAUAUUUAAAAAAAAAUUCCAUAUUUGAGUUAUAUAAAAAAAUAUUUUUGAAGUUUUUGAGGAAAUAACGGUUUUAUGUAACCAUGUUGUCUUACAUAUUUUAUGAAAUGCCAUACAAAACUAAACAAAAUUCCACAAAUUUCAGUAUUCAAAGUUUAACGGUUCUCUAACUAUAACAGUUUAAAGAUUUCCUAGUUCUGCAUUAUUUAAAUUCUUUUGGCAUUUCAAAAAUUCAUAACUCAAAACCAACAUUCCAAAAAAAUUAAAAUUUUACAAUCAUACUUGUGAUAGGUAGUACAACAUGCUUAAAAAAAUUAUUAAAAUCUGAAACCUUGACAUUAAUUUUUAUUUAUUUAUUGGUUGAUUUGAUAUGGAUUGUCCCGUUUAGACUUUGGAUCAUCAAUAACGAUAUAUUUCAAAUAAUCUAGUAAUUAAGGAAGAACAUUAUUCAGAAUAUCAUAUUAUACUAUCAUUGUUUUAUUUUAAUGUGAUUGAUUCGUUACGUUCAUAAUUGGUUUUUCACUAUGGCAAUUAGUCCUUCACCUUCACUCUUCCCUGUCCCCCCCUUAGUCAUUCCCUCAGAUCCCUUGUAUCUCACGUCCAGUAUUCUUUCCUGAUGCUUUAAUGUGAUAAAUAUGUUAUUAUUUGGCCUAAGAAUAAUAAUAAACACUAAACAAUACAGAAACAUAAUAUCGCCAACAACCAGCAGGCGACUUUCCCUCAACUUUUUCUCGAGGAGUCUUGAUACUUUGUUACAAUUCGUUAUAUGAAAUAAAAAGAUUUUUUUACUUUUUAAUUCAUGUUUUAUUGUCCGAAAAACGAAACAAACGCAUCCAAUCACUUUCAAUGUUUUACUCACUCAUUCAGCUCAUAUAUACGCCUGUCGAAAAAUGCUCGCAGCUCGGGUGAUGAAAAUUAACGAAAAACAAAUGUAGCUUAAGUCCUUCAGUAAACUCUUACUGUAAGUAACAGAAAUCAGUGCGACCUCAAACAUGGCUGCACCCAGCGAAACCGAAUUUCGCCACGAACCAAACGCCGACGAAGAUGAUCACAAUUUCUAAUUAAUGUCCGAAUGAUAUAAAAAAAUUAGGUUAACUUAAUACUUGGCAUGGCUCUGACCACCAACGUUAAAUUUUCUAUCCUGCUAAUUCUACAUAUUUUGCGAGAAGCCACCAAACGCUCCCUACUGGUGCAGCGAUCGACGAACGACUGGUGAAGUCAUGCCACCGUUUCCUCCACGUAGGGAGGAGAAGUCACAUGACCUCACCGACCAAUCACACGCACACUUCAUUCACACUACACAUAACAAGCCAAUAAGAACACACAACAUACAUUGAAAACAGUUUUCUAUCCAUAGAGCCUUACUUUACAUUCUCCUUCUCUCUCCCACACCGUGAGACAGCAGUUAUCACACAGUUCCCACGACCAGUGGUGAAUCACAGCUUUUGUUUCUCUCUCUCUCUUACUGGGGAAUCACUGUUUCUUUCUCACUCGCACUUAUAGGCCUCUUAUGCCUCUCUCUUUUUACACAUCACCCCAGGAACAGUCCCUUGUUCUAGAAUUAUAUUGCAACACGUUAAUGAAAAUUAAAACAGCAAUCGUAAUACAAAUUACUUGACAAAAUUAAACUUAUUUAGAAAAACCUGAAAAAGUAGGCAAAAAAAGACAAAAAUCUAGUACAGCGGCUUAAUUGUGAAUAAUUACAUAAAAAUACUAAUGAUUUAAAAUGUCUGUUAAAAUACCAGGGACAUUCUUAAACACAUAGCACGUGCAAAUAACAUACAUUAAUAUCCAUAAUGUCUGAUUAUACUGUUUCAUAACAUAUACACCACUCAAAAAACAUUGACUUAUUAAUAUUUACAUAUACAAAAAAGAAGUUUAAAAGAAAAACAUUUAGCUAGGAGGGCAGGGGUCUUGCAACGUUACAACUUUCCUGCAAGUAAAACCGUUAUCUGUACUGCUUCCAGCAAGUAUGUCACAAAGAGCCUGCUAUCGCCCUACUGUUAACUUUAUACUAGCUGCAAUUUGAUCCUAUGGUUUUUCCAAAUUUCCUUAAGAAUAUAGCGUACCUGAGGAUUUUGUAUUAGACAUUUUUAAUGUGAGUAUGUUACAACUGUGAUCAAGAUUGUUUUCCACCCUAAUUUGAUUUUCAUUUGAAGUAAAAACCAAUUAGGGUGGAAAACGUUCUUGGCCCCGGCUCUAACAUACAACAUUAAACAUUACUUACUUUUUCAAAACAGCUUCAGCUACGCUAUAUUCCUAAAAGUCUCUGGAGAAUUGCAGAUCACAUUGCAAAUAAUAUCAAAUAAACAGUAGAGCAGCAACAACAAUUGGAUUAAUCUCUGAUGGAAAACAGUCUGCUAUGGCCAAGUUACUGCACAGUUUACGUUAAUUGAUUUGUUUUUGAGGUUGCAAUCACGAUAACCCAUGUUAGAUUUCAUUUGGGACUAACACUGUUUUUAGGGUAAAUAGAGGAAGGCCUAUAGGCACCGUACACGGGUCUGAAAAUCGUACUGGUGAUGCUGUGUAGUGUUUCAUUUACGAACAAGUUGCAGGACUGUCACAACCCACUGAUCACUGGGGACACUGAGUACGAUGCUGACAAAUUAUUCCUAUAAAUAUGUGUGAUAUUGAAAUUACACAGCUGUCUCCUACAGAUAUUUUUUCUUUCUGAGAAUAGUUUACUGAAAGGGAAAAAUAUAUUUGUAUUAGUGGGAAUGUGAAUAAUGUGAAGGAAAUAAAUAGGGGUGACAUUUCUGUAUUAAAAGCAGAAGUGAUUCGGGAAAUGUAUUUUACUCUUCCACUUUACCCAGUAAAUUACAUCUUGAUGGUGAUUUUCUUGAGUUUAUGCAAGAUUGUCAGUUCUUCAUUCUCUUCAAGCAGGCUACGAAGAAGCAUUUUUCUGUAAUUCUGUUUCAAAGCCUGCAAAACUCCUUGGUCCAUUGGCUGACAAAUUGAAGUGAUAUUUGGUGGGAGAAAAAUGGCUUUGAUAUUACCGCAAACAAAUUGCAUUUCUUCAGGAUGUGACGGAGCAUUGUCUAUGAGUAAUAAAGCAUUAAAAGGCAAUCCAUUUUCUUUGUUAAAAGCUUUUACUUUUGGCACAAAUUGUUUUUCUAACCAGUCUUGGAACUAGACAUAAUCCAUCCAAGCUUUCUUUGGUUUCUGUAAAAUACAGGGAGAGUGUUCAUGUUCAUGUUUUUAAAAGGGGAGAGAGUUCAUGUUCAUGUUUUUAAAACAGCGUGGUUUUGCCGAUUUGCCGAUAACCGUCAGUGGAAGCUUAUUUGUGCCAGAAGCGUUGCAGCAGGCUAACACAGUUAGGCUUUGUUAUCCAUUUUAAACCCUGGUGCAGAUUGUUCCUCUUGUGAUGCAAGACUUUUGGUAGGCAAUGCUGUGGCGGGUAGGAAGAAAUGAUAUCUUUGAACUUCUCAAGGCAGGGCCGUUUUAUGAGAAUGCUAGUCCUGGGGCAACAAUAUUCAGAGGCCCUCCCCUUUUUUUAUUGUAGUGAUAAUUUUCAGAUGUGAAAAUCUCAUAUUUGCAUUGACAUGUAUGUAUGUAAUAACUAACAUAAAAAAGGACAAGAAGUACCAUAAUGAAAUGCAGCCUGUAUACACAGAAAUAUGAAACAUAUUUAUGCAGGGAAAACAAAAUAAUGUAUAACAACAAAUUUUCUAGUUGAAAUGGAGUAAUAUUUCAUAGCCAACACCCACCCCCAAUAUUUCUCUGCUUCAUUUACGAAAGUCUUAAAUCAAUCUCAAAUAUUUACACAAUUUUAUGAGUUGCAGAUCCUGACCAAUCAAAAUUACAUAUUUAUUAACUCACUUUGCAAUAAACUUCUUCUAUAUAAGUGCUGCAAAACCUUUUGUGGAGUGAAUGAUGUAACACUCUUUAACUUGUUGCUCUCUGAAAAAUGAUAAGUGUGAUAAUUCAUUUGUAAUAACAGGCUGCAGAUCCUUUCUGUAUUUUCUGACCAACUCAGUAGCACUAGAUUUGAGUUCAGCUUUACUUGCUGUAGUUAAGUUACAAAGAAACCCAAAUGUUGAGGCAAUAUCUUUGUAGGACGCAGCUCUCUUCUCCAGUUCCAUGCGGAGCUUAUCAGCAAUGCAUAGAAAUGUGGAAAUUCUGAAAUUCUCACGGGAUGUUACAACAGUUGAAAGUUCGUAUUUUCCAUCCAAAAACUUUUUUUUAUUGGAAGAUCUAGUAUCGACAAAUGUUUGUAACACAUGGUUGCUUAGUUGUGUUGCUUUAACUUCAAUUUCAUCAAAAUUAUUUCGCAAAUCGGAAACAAAAUUUUUCAAAGAAUUCAUCAGUUGAUGACCAGUUAUGACAUCGAGUCCAGGCUUCUGUAGAUGCUUGGUUACUGCACUGAAUCCUUCCAUAAUGUCGUAUCAAAAUACGGCCAUAAAAGCAAAUUCUAAAUAUUGCAUUUUCUUCAUGAGUUCGCUUCCAUUCUUGUGGCUUGCGUUUCAUUUUUGUCGUUGAACAUAUAAUUAAAUGCACAGAAAAUCUCAUCAUAAUGAAUGACGAAGAGUUUUCAAUGCAUCUUCUCUGCAUGACCAACUUGUUUCAGACAAGCUCUUGACUGUGAUUUUUGGCUUUCCGCUAUUUCCUGUGCUUUCCGAAAUAACUCCUUCAAGAACUGACCACCUGUGAGUGGAAGCAGCGAAAAAUGAGUACAGCUUUUCUAAAAACAGAAACACUUUUGUUGCAUGAAUACAUUCACCAACGCUGUUUUUCCUAGUAAGUUUACUGAAUGUGCUGCACAUGGAACAUACAGCACAGAGCUGUUUAUUGAUUUAAUGUGCGCUUGUAGGCCCUCGUAUUUUCCUGACAUGUUGGCUGCAUUAUCAUAACUCUGACCUCGGCAAUCCUGGAUAUCAAUGGUGUUGUCUUUUAGAGUACCGGUUACAACUUCACUUAAAUUUCUUCCUGUGUGGCUGUAAAUUGGAAUGAAACACAAAAACCUUUCCAAAAUGUUACCGUUAAGGCAGUAUGUAAAUACAAAAUAUAACUGAUCUGUAUGGGAAACAUCAGGUGUAGAAUCAACUAUCAGUGAAUAAUAUUUGGCCUGUCUAAUCUCAUUUAGCAUGUGUUUCCGAACUUUGUUGCCCAUUAGCUCAAUAAAUUCUUCACAUAUAUCAGAAGAAAGAUAAGAUACAUUACCUUUUCCUUUGUUCCCAUGUAUCCUUAAAUGUUCCUGUAAAAAAGGAUCAAACUGAGCAAGGAGUUCCAAAAUUCCUAGGUAAUUACCAUUACGAGAUGAUCCAAGCAUCUGAUUAUCACCACGAAAAGGAAGACCACGACUGCACAAAAAUUUUACAACUGCCACUACUCUAACAAGAACAUUCUUCCAGUAAUUUGUCUCAGUAGUCACUUGUGCAUCUAAGUGUGAAGAAAUUGGUAUUUUCUUAUUUUUUCUUGAAACCCAUUUUAAAGAACAUGCUUUGUUUUCAUGCUCCCUCAGUUUUUCUUCUGUUUUCCUCCAAUUAGAAAAACCAUUUACAAAUUGUGUUAAUUUACAAUUACUGAAAAGUUUGCACGCAGAGCAAAACAUUUCCCGUACAUUUAGAGUACAAUAACCAUUUUCUCUCCCGUCGCUCUCCAUUUUCAAGAACUCUCACAAAUGCAGAUAUUGUUAGUUUACAAGUACAUUUUGGAUAAUGCCUAGCAGAAGCUGUGUAGUCUCCAUCAUUAUUACUAAAAACAGUCCGGCCCCUUAUCAACACAAUAACUAAUUAUUUUGUCAGUGAUAUUGCCAGGCAAUGCCGCAGGACCUUGCUGGAUUUCUUCUAUUAACACUUAUAACGAUUCGUUAUUUGAAAUAAAAAGAUUUUAUUUCCUUUUCCUUAACGAGUUUAUUGUCCGAAAGACGAAACAACCUCAUCCAAAACUGCAUAUAUUUUAUUCACGCAUUCAAUACGUAUGUCUGCCUGUCGAAAAAUGCUGGCAGCUCGGGCAAUGAAGAUUAACAAAAAAUAACGUAGAUUAAGUCUUUCAGUAACCUAUUACGGUAAAUACCCGUGAGCCGCCGAACGCGCCCUCACCUGACAGCGAUCGACAGGUGACUGGUGAGCUCAUGACACCGUCUCCUCCACGCAGGGAGGAGAAGUCACAUGACCUCACCGACCAAUCACAUGCACGCUUCAUUCACACUACACAUCACAAGCCAAUAAGAACACACAACAUACAUUGAAAACAGUUUUAUAUCCAUAGAGCCAGGGACUUCACAUUCUCCUUCUCUCUCCCACACCGUGAGACAGCAGUUAUCACACAGUUCCCACGACCAGUGGUGAAUCACAGCUUUUGUCCCUCUCUCUUACUGGGGAAUCACUGUUUCUUUCUCACUUGCACUUACAAGUCUCUUAUGCCUCUCUCUUUUUACACAUCAUCCCAUACAAAGUCCCUUGUUCUAGAAUCAUAUGUAAUGGCAAUAAUAAUACAAAUUACCUUACAAAAUUAAACUUAAUUUAGUAAAACCUGAAAAAGUAGGCCAAAACAGGCAAAAAUCUAGUACAGCGACUUAUUUGUGAAUAAUUAUAUAAAAAAUAGUAAUGAUUGAAAAUUUUUGUUAAAAUACAAGGUACGUUCUUAAAACACACAGCAAGUGAAAUAUCAACCCUUAAAUACAAUAAAAAACUAAAAAUUUUCUUAUUGAGACUUUUUUUUUAAGAAAUCUUUACAUUCAUGAAAAUAGUUUUAAAAGAAAAAUAUUUAGCUAUGAGGGCAGUGGUCUUGCAAUGUUACACACUGCACUAUCAAACUCUACACUUCUUUCAGUCCUAGCACAGUUUCUAGAAGUUAUGGGAAAUUCUGGAGUUGUGUUAAUGAGAUCACAAUGAUACGUGUUUUCUUUAACCCUGCUGCUGUGUUCACAUUUAACACACACACAUUGUGUUCGGGUCCAAAUGUACCCAAGAUAAAUAUUUUUGUUAAUUAACCAGAAAAUUUCUACUUACAUUCUAAAUCUGAAUUAGUGAAUGUUCACAGAUUGUUCAGUGAUUCAUGAAGCAGUUUCAACUAAUUUAAUCAGUGAAAAUGACCACUAGAAAUCAAUGAAUAGGGCAUAGGCCUAUUCACAGAUUUCAAAAGUGGAAUUACUUAAUAUUCACAUAUUUUCCAAUGGUUUUCACAAAUUCACUAGUGAAAAGAGCUGGCCUCAACGAUAAAGGGAAACCCCAUCGAAAUGGGAAGGCCCAUCGAAAAGGUGUAAUUGGCCAGUUGAAAAAAAUUGGAGGCUGAAGAAGAAUGAGCUUUAGAGGAAAUGAAGACAAAAGAUUUAGAGGAAACGAAGAGGAGAAACUUGAUGAAAGAAAAAAAAAUUGCAACUGUUGAAGGAAGCAUAAAUGUUUUAGAAAAAGACAAGAAAGACUGUGCAUUACAGACCAAUUGUUUGAAGAGUCAAAUGUAAGAUUAUAAAUAGCCUGUUCCACAUAACAUGGAAGAGAGAGAAGUAUCACAAGCUAUGCUUGAGGCUGUGCAUGUUAUAAUAAAUUAAGUUGUAAAUUAACAUGCUGUAGACAUUGUUCAGCUCUCCACUGAAAAAUGAAAAACAAAUAUAUUAGAUUUUUUUGCUGAAUGAAUUAAGAUUGUUUGGAUUUAAAAAAAAUUGCAAUAUGGUAACUAGUACUUGUGUUGUGUUCUAAUUAUUUAUCGAUCUGGGGUUUGAGAGGAAAAGUCAGUGUUUAAAGAAACUGGGGAAUUAAUAGAAUAGUACUUUGAAAUGUCAUUACAGUUGAAAGUUCUUAUGACUAUAAAAUAUACCAUUUUAUUCAUAAAUAUUUUAUUCUUCAAAUAAAACUACUGAGAUUAUUUUUUUUAUAUUUAAUAAAUUUAUGACUAAUGUUUUUUCUUGUUUCUGUUAACAUAACUUUGAUGGUCCUGCAAAACAAUAUAAUGACUUUAAAAUUUUCUUAGCAAAGAAAUAGAGAAUGAACUUGAGUACACAAUUUGUAUUGUUCUUUAUUUCACUGUUUGCUUUUGUCUCCAAUCAUCUCGUACUACAUACAUGUGUAUAGACCCUCACCAUCUUGGCAACUGCCAGGUUAUCCAACCAUUACAUCAUUACAUACUUACUACACAAUUCAAUAUCAAAAUCAAAUGUUAGGCUUUACUGUUACCAACUUUUGCCGGGGCUUGUUUAUUCAUAAAUUCUUACUAUACGCAUAUUUAUUAUUGUUAUAUUAUAUGAUCAAAUUUGUAAAAAUAUAUUUUUUAGAAUUUUUUGCCAAUGUUUUAUAUUCCUAUUUUUUUAAGACAUUUUAAAUCACACCUAAUGGUCAUUUGUGAGAAGAAUUCACAUAAUCGUGUCCUCUGCUUUUUGGAGUACAUUGCUAGCUGUGGCUGAAAAUAAAACGAUCUGUAUGUCAAGAUUUGGCCAUCUGUUUUGUCUGUUUGAAUCCGUAUGACAGCGCAUCAAGUCAAACUAAUAACAUGCUUGAAACUGGUUUACUCUCAAGACUCCUGGAUUAGAAUCUGCCGUGCUGGAAUGAUUGUUCCGCUCAGUUGUUAAGAUGACCAUCUG